CACACGCAACACAUAAUGGGCAGUGGCAUACUUGUAAUUUUUAUUGUUGGUUUGUGUAUUUUACUUGUAACACUAAAGUGCUAUUAGUAUAUAGUAAUGACAAGGGGCAGAUGCCAAGUCUUAAGGCCCUUAUUCUUCUCUCUCUCUUCUUGGCCACCUGUUCCUCUUCUCGCACCUCCUUAAGACUCCAUCUGGUGGUUUGGUGAUAUACAUCAAAAUCUUACAUGGUAUCAGAGCAGGUAUGGCAAAUUGCAAGCCCAUAAAUACUCCUAAUGUUCUCAACACAAAAUUGAAUGCCUCUGAUAGGAGUGAUGCAUAUUCAAACCCUAGGUUUUAUGGGAGUAUAGUUGGCAUGUUGCAAUAUCUCACUUUUACAUGCCCAGACAUAGUAUAUGCAGUGAAUCAAGUUUCUCAGUUUAUGCACGUGCCUACAGAAGGACAUAUGGAUGCUAUUAAACAUAUUUUGCGCUAUCUUAAGGUUACUGUUGGGGAUGGACUCGUCUACACAAGAAAGUCAAUUGAUUUGGAUGGACAUACCAUUUCCACCUAUAUUGAUGCAGAUUGGGCAGGAAACAACGUGCAAUUGCCAGAUCGAGCACUGAGGCAAAAUAUAGGGCAAUGGCUGUCGACGCAGCUGAAGCUUCAUAGUUGCGUCAUCUUCUUCGGGAACUCUCCCUUCUCAAUUCUCAAUCAUCUUUAUUUUGUGAUAACCAAAGUGCCAUCAAGAUUGCUUUCAAUCUUAUCAUACACAAUCGCACUAAGCAUAUAGAGAUUGAUCAACACUUCAUUCGCCAAAAGGUUGAGGAGAAUGAAAUUGUUCCUACUUGUAUACCCACGUCUCAACAAGUGGCUGAUCUAUUUACCAAGGGUUUCACAAGGCAUCAUUUUUGGGAAUUGAAGAGCAUGUUGUACAUGAUCAAACCCCAUGCACAACUUUUGAGGGGCCUGUCAAGAUAUGGUUCGGGUCAAGUUAGACCCGACCCAUCUUCACCACACGCAACACAUAAUGGGCGGUGGUAUAUUUGUAACUUUUAUUGCUGUUUUGUGUAUUUUACUUGUAACACUAAAGUGUAAUUAGUAUAUAGUAAUGACAAGGGGCAGACGCCAAGUCUAAGGCCCUUAUUCUUUUCUCUCUGUUCUCUCGGCAGCCUAUUCCUCUUCUCGUCUGCUCGCACCUCUUAAGGACUCCAUCUGGUGUUUUCGUGAUAUACAUCAAAAUCUUACACUACACGUCUUAUCUUUAUUUUCCCAUUGGUUUUUGUUUUUCUUGUGGGUGGUUCACUUGGUCUAGGUUGCUAUUGGUUGUCUAUGAUGUUGUUAUGAACAUA